AUGACCUGUAAAUGCUGCUCUGGAAGCGUUUCUACCUCCUCUAGGCCCUGCCUGCACUCUUCAGGUUCCUCCUGUGGCUCUUCCUACCCCAGCAACCUGAUCUACAGCACUACCAACUGCUCUCCCAGCACCUGCCAGCUGGAAUCCUCUCUGAACACUGGCUGUCAGGAGACCUGCAUUGAGCCCAUCAGCUGCCAGAGUUCCUGCGUGGUGUCCAGCCCUUGCCAGAAAGCCUGCUACUACCCCAGGAGCUUCAUACCUUGCACUCCCUGCCAGGAGGCAUAUGCUGGGUCUCUGGGCUUUGAGCCAAGCAGCUUCUAUUCCCUAGAUUGUGGAUCUAGCAGGUACUACAUAGUGGGUUGUACACCCAGUGGCUUCGAAUAUCUGUAUUAUGUAGUCUCUGGCUUCCCUUCCCAGAGCUAUGGGUCCAGAUUCUGCUAUUCAACCCACCUGCCUGCUAGUACCUACCAACCUUGUUAUAAACCAACCGUUGAUAACAUCCUCCACGGAUUUUACUGUUGA